AGAGGAAGUUAAUCUGAGAGUCUGUCAGGGCAGAAGUGAUUUCAGCAGAAGACACUCAGUAUUCAGCCCUUCUGGACACUGAAUGACCCUCAUUUUUUCCCAGUUCAUUCUGGACCUUCUGGACCCUCUUCCUUCUGCUUCAGCGACUGGCUGCAAGGCCAGUAGGAAAGGUGCUUGGAUUCAGAUGAGCAGGAUUCUAGUUGUGGCUGCUCCACGUUCGUUGCAGUGGCAGCCUCAGUUUCCACAGCUGUCAAAUGGGACAAUAAUACCUGCCCCAGUUCCUCCUCUGGGACGUUGCCAGCAUCGCCUGAGAACACGCUGUCCCAAGACAAGCCAAAGCCACCAUUACUGGGAGAGUCGCCAACAAAACUCGGCUUCGGUUCCCUCUCCCGGCAAGGCUGGUUCGACCUACAGUCAACAGGAAGCUCCUGGGGCUGGGACAGGAUCCCUGGAUCGGAAGGAGGCCAGACGCGAGCGUUUCUGGACGACGAUCAGGCUGGUGAGGAGGGUGUUAGUAACACCCCCCUGGCUGGGCUGAGAUUUUACUAUCCACGACAAAGGGUGCGGAAGCAUAGUACUGAAGAGCAAACAGCCAACCCCAAACUCCUGUACUCCCCCACGAAAACAAAGCCCUCGGCACUACAGAGAGCGGGGCGAGGGGAAAGGAGAAAGGCCGAGGCACCCCACCCUAUCUUCCGCGGCAGCCGAGCCGCAGGUUCCGCGCGUGGGGAGGGGGCGCUGUGGGCCUGCUUUCCGUGUGGAGAAGCGCCUCCUCCUCACGCCCCCUCAGCCUGCGCCGCCUCGGGAAUCCGCCCCGGACCCCGCCGCCAUGUUGGGUCGGGAUUAGUGACUCGGUCUCGCCGCCGACCGGGACGGCUGAAGGGCGGCCCGCAACCCGAAGGGACGCGCGCCGGCGUCGGAAGGCGGGGUCGCGGGAGCCCGGUCGGGCGCGGCGCGAGUUCCGAUUUGAUAAUGGGCUGCAUUAAAAGUAAAGAGAACAAAAGUCCAGCCAUUAAAUACAGACCAGAAAACACUCCAGAACCGGUCAGUACGAGUGUCAGCCAUUAUGGAGCAGAGCACACUGCAGUGGCACCCACGUCCUCCACAAAGAGCACAUCUGUUAAUUUCAGCAACCUUUCCAUGACACCAUUUGGAGGAUCCUCAGGGGUGACACCGUUUGGAGGAACAUCUUCCUCCUUUUCAGUGGUGCCAAGUUCAUAUCCUGCUGGCUUAACAGGUGGUGUUACUGUAUUUGUGGCCUUAUAUGAUUAUGAAGCUAGAACUACAGAAGACCUUUCAUUUAAGAAGGGUGAAAGAUUUCAAAUAAUUAACAACACGGAAGGAGACUGGUGGGAAGCAAGAUCAAUUGCUACAGGAAAGAAUGGCUAUAUCCCUAGCAAUUAUGUAGCCCCUGCAGAUUCCAUUCAGGCAGAAGAAUGGUAUUUUGGCAAAAUGGGGAGAAAAGAUGCUGAAAGAUUACUUCUGAAUCCUGGGAAUCAACGAGGUAUUUUCUUAGUAAGAGAGAGUGAAACUACUAAAGGUGCUUAUUCCCUCUCUAUUCGUGAUUGGGAUGAGGUAAGGGGUGACAAUGUGAAACACUACAAAAUUAGGAAACUUGACAAUGGUGGAUACUAUAUCACAACCAGAGCACAAUUUGAUACUCUGCAGAAAUUGGUAAAACACUAUACAGAACAUGCUGAUGGUUUAUGCCAUAAGUUAACAACUGUGUGUCCAACUGUGAAACCCCAGACUCAAGGUCUAGCAAAAGAUGCUUGGGAAAUCCCUCGAGAAUCUUUGCGACUGGAGGUUAAACUAGGACAAGGAUGUUUUGGUGAAGUAUGGAUGGGAACAUGGAAUGGAACCACAAAAGUAGCAAUCAAAACACUAAAACCAGGUACAAUGAUGCCAGAAGCUUUUCUUCAAGAGGCUCAGAUAAUGAAAAAGUUAAGACAUGAUAAACUUGUUCCACUAUAUGCUGUUGUUUCUGAAGAGCCAAUUUACAUUGUCACUGAAUUUAUGUCAAAAGGGAGCUUAUUAGAUUUCCUGAAGGAGGGAGAUGGAAAGUACUUGAAGCUCCCACAACUGGUUGACAUGGCUGCUCAGAUUGCUGAUGGUAUGGCAUAUAUUGAAAGAAUGAACUAUAUUCAUCGAGAUCUUCGGGCUGCUAACAUUCUUGUAGGAGAAAACCUUGUGUGCAAAAUAGCAGAUUUUGGCUUAGCAAGGUUAAUUGAAGACAAUGAGUAUACAGCUAGACAAGGUGCAAAAUUUCCAAUCAAAUGGACAGCUCCUGAGGCUGCACUAUAUGGUCGAUUUACAAUAAAGUCUGAUGUAUGGUCAUUUGGAAUUCUACAGACGGAACUGGUAACAAAGGGCAGAGUGCCAUAUCCAGGUAUGGUAAACCGCGAGGUGCUGGAACAGGUGGAACGAGGGUACAGGAUGCCGUGCCCUCAGGGCUGUCCAGAGUCCCUACAUGAAUUGAUGAAUCUUUGUUGGAAGAAGGACCCUGAUGAAAGACCAACGUUUGAAUAUAUCCAGUCCUUCUUGGAAGACUACUUCACUGCUACAGAGCCGCAGUACCAGCCAGGAGAAAAUUUAUAAUCCAAGAAGCCAAUUUUAUAUGCACAAAUCUGCCAAAACGUAAAGAACUUGUGUAGACUUCCUCACUUACGUACAGGAAUCAAAAGAAGAAAAUCUUCUUCACCCUGCAUGUUUUUGAUGGUAAACUGGAAUUACAGAUGUGGUUGCACAAAACCACUUUUUUUUUUUUCCAAGUGUUAAACUCUGAAGUACCAAUGAUGAAUUUUUCAGCUUAUUUCAGGGUCCAAAGAAAGUAUAGUUAAGAUAUUGAUGACUGUGUGAGUGAUAGCAUGACAAUGAAGAGCAACAAGGCUACUGUUUAUGAAUCACUACCUUUCUUUUAUUCCCCAAAUGCAUAAUUAAGAGAAAUUUAUCAAUCAGUAUAGACAAAACUUGGGAGAUUAAAAAGUUAUACCAUAAUAAAAUCUAGAAUUACAGAACUUCAUGGGACCAAACAAUUCCAUUCCAAUUUUUAAAAAUUUCUUGCAUUUAUUAUUCUUAAAAGUUUUUUCUAAGUUGAACAGUUAAUAUGCAACCUUAAUAUAUGCCUCUGUUUGCAUGGAAGUGGGCCAGGUUUUUUUUUGGGGGGGGCCAGGUUUUUAGAAGCAAAAAGGAAUAUAAACAGCAUCUAAAACUUGAUUAAAUGUUAGACAACAGCAGUGGAAUUUGAAAGUAUAAUGCACUAUGUUAAUACUCAGUAUACUCAUGGAACUGGAAAGUAGAAGAAAAUUUUCACUUUAAUCAUUUCUGAAUAGCUCAGUUUAAAAUAAUGAAGGUAACUAGAAUAUGGGUUAAUCUUUUAUAAGGUUGCACUGAUUUUUUUAAAGGCAAUAUAUAAUUGAAAUCAUACUAUCCAAUCAAAGGGGAAAUCUUUUAAUCUUUAGAUAGCAUGAAAAAAAAUAAACCCAGCAUUUAAACAGUCCUUUUUUGAAAAACAGACUGGUACUGUGAGAUUGCUAAUAUGUACUUAUGAUGAUGGGUGCCACAAAUAUAAAAUAUCACUAGAUCAGGGACUUGAAUGCACUUUUGCUCUUAUUGAAUAUAGACUAACAGAGAGGAAAAUGUAUUUAAAGAAAUAUGAGAAAAGAAAAUGUGAAAGUUUUACAGAUAGAGAGAUGGAAUGUAAUGUUUAAUAUUGACGUUACAGAGUGACAAAAUGGCUUUGCUGGCACUCAAAGCUCCUCACUUAUUUUCUGAGAUUUUAAGAGUUAUAAGGUAUGACUAUAAAGCUAAUCUUUCUUAACAUAAAUACUAAAUGAGUGCUAUAGCCUCAAAAUAGUUAAGGCUUCCCACUAAUUCCAGUGAUACAGCUUUUAUGUAAAACAUUUUUAGAACUCCAGUUUUCAAAUCCGUGUUUGAAUCUACAUUCACUUUUUAAAUAUACUUAAUGAUUAUCAUUUUUUCCCCUCUAGAAUUUAGUUGAUUUGAGGAGGAAAACGUAUUCGGAAAAAUAGCAGUGGUGAAAAGAGGGGGACAGAUUUUGCCUAUUUAAAGUACAGAAGUGAAACGUAUAGAAUAAUACUGAUUUUUAUGACUAACUCAAAAAGAAAAUUCCAAAAUACGAAUUUGAAUAGCAGCAUCACUGGUUUAAGUGCCUAGCAAAGGGACUGAAUCUGACAAAUGAAAGUCUGGUAUUUACGUUUUAAAAUACUCUCUUUUAUGGUCACACUUUAAAUAAAGCAACACAUCAGGUCCCAGUAUUUUAGGAAUAUUAUUACUGACUACCAUCACAUACCUGAUUUGAUCAUUAAAUUUACAAUUCUGUGCUGUGGUAUCUAUGUUGAGAUUCAGACCAUUUUAAAAUGUGGCAGAUGAACUUCAUGCAGGUUGGCAACAGUUCUGGUACUAAAAAUUGUGGUGGCUUUCUUAUGUUUACGUAACCUGCUUAGUAUUGAAUCCCUCUUCCAAGAGGAUUUUCCCAAGAAGACUGCUGUCAUCACUUACCUUUAACGUCUACAACCUGUGACAUCAGAGUUUUAAAGGGCUUUGUGUGAACUAUGAUAUUACAAUUUUUCUAAGCAUUUUAAAAAGGAUAAAAUUAUAUGUUUAUGUACUAAUUCUCUUCAGAAAAAUAGGCCAGAAAAAGUUGAUGGUAUUCAUUAGGUUUUAACUGAAUGGAGCAGUUCUUUAUAAUAUCGAUUGUAUAGUUAGGAAAUAAAACACUAACUUAAUGUGUAUUCAGUUUAAAUGGUUAUGUAUUUUUAAAUUGCUGAGAAAAAUAAAGAACUUUGUACAUUUGAAGAUUUUUUCCAACAGCUUUUCUUCUUCAACCUCUUAAUGUGUUUUCCUUACCAAAAGAGGAAGUUGGCAAAAACAGCCUUCUAGCACACUUUUUUAAAUGAAUAAUGGUAGCCUAAAACUUAAUAUUUUUAUAAAGUGUUAUUAUAUUGUUUUGUGGAUAAUUGAAAUAAAAAUUUUAAUUGAAUGCA